GUAACCCUGGCUGUGCCGAGCUCUGACACUCCCCACGGAGGAGUGCUUUCCCCAGCAACACUCUCCUCAUCUCCUGCCAGGGAGCACAAGGGAAAUGGAGAGAUGAGACUGCACAGGGGGGACCCUUAAAUUGACUGCACCCCACCUCUCUGCCUGCACCUGCGGACAAACUCCACACAAACCAUGAGGAAGAGCCUCUUCACGGUCCCGCCUAGCAUUGCUGUGCCUUUGAUUUAAAUCUUUACCCACUUCCACAAGGGGCCAUGGAGCAGCAAUAUCUCUCCAAACUCCACCCCACAGUGGAUUACGGAGCAGGAGUGUUUCUUCUGAUCAUAGGCAUCCUAACGAUUCUGGGGAAUUCAGCAGUCCUUGCUACCGCAGUGAAGCGCUCUUCCCAUCUCAAGUCACCCGAGCUGCUUAUAAUAAAUUUAGCCGUAACGGAUCUUGGAAUGGCCAUCAGCAUGUACCCGCUGGCCAUCGCCUCAGCAUGGAACCAUGCCUGGCUCGGAGGAGAUGCAUCCUGUAUAUAUUAUGCCCUGAUGGGUUUCCUCUUCGGUGUCUCCAGCAUGAUGACCUUGUGUAUGAUGGCUGUGAUCCGGUUCCUUGUAACCAACUCAUCCACAUCUAACAGCAAUACAAUCAACAAGAAAGCCGUUCGCAUUUUGAUUGCGUUCAUCUGGCUGUGCUCGCUGCUCUGGGCCAUUCUGCCUUUGCUGGGUUGGGGUUAUUAUGGCCCCGAACCAUUCGGCAUCUCCUGCACGAUAGCGUGGAGCGAAUUCCACAACUCCGCCAACGGCUUCUCUUUCAUCCUGAGCAUGUUCAUUCUGUGCACGCUCCUGCCUGCGCUGACCAUCCUCACCUGUUACUUGGGCAUAGCGUGGAAGGUUCACAAAGCAUAUCAGGAGAUACAGAACUUUGACAGGAUCCCUAACGCAGCUAAGCUGGAAAGGAGGCUGACACUGAUGGCUGCGCUUGUCAGCGUCGGAUUCCUCAGUGCCUGGACACCCUACGCAGCCGUCAGCUUCUGGUCAAUCUUUAACUCCAGCAAUUCUCUACAUCCUGUCAUUACGCUACUGCCGUGUCUGUUUGCCAAGUCUUCAACAGCUUAUAACCCUUUCAUCUACUACGUCUUCAGCAAAACUUUCCGGCGUGAAAUUAAGCAAAUGAAGUGUUGCUGUGGCUGGCGACUUCCCUUUAACACAGAGAACUCAAUCGAAAACCACAUGUCGAUGAUGUGGAUGGGUAGAGAAAACAUACGUGCUUGUCCAACUGCAAAGGCGAACAACGGGGAGGCCUCAACCCAAUGAGCAGCAGAGCUGGCUUUACAAACACAGCAGAAAAGCUUACUUCAUCCUGUAUUAUAGGGAAUCAGUCCAGGAGGGCCGUCAUGAUGUAUGUUAUGAUAAAUUGCUGUCGUAAAUUGAGUGAAAUGUUGUAAAGAACCAUGAUUUUUUUUUUAAAAGUUAAGCAGCAAGGAAAGAUGUUUUGAAGGACUUUCACUUUAUGAAAAUUAAAAUAUCGGUGGAUUCCCCUCUGCCCUAAACCAAACGAAACCAGCUUUAGCUUAACUACUGUGGAGGAAUAAGUACGAUGCUUGAAAGAGGAUUUACUGGGUUUUAUUUUUUUCCCUAUGCUUCUGACUUUAUGCUGGAGUCUCAUGACUAUGCCUCAAGAGAAAACAACUGAUAAUACUGGAAGUUGAACCUCCCACCUCAAAUUAGAUGCCUUUAAACAAAGAAGGAGAAUAUGCCACUUCCCCAGCAAUAAGAAAGGACAAACAUAGCAGAAUCAAGAACACUCACCAGCUGGAAGAGACAGAGCUACGGGAUGCAGCAACCACUUGCAAAAUGGCCAUUUUAGGGCUACAGUUGUUUGCCUCUCCCAAAUUUAAAGGGCCAGCCACCAGAAAGGCAUGUCAGGGCAAGGAUCUAUAAGAGGGCGGGUCUAUGCUGAGGCAGCUCAGAAGGACUGAGGCAGUCUUAGAGAAAGGGUCUGCUGCUGCAGAACACAAAAAGAUGUGAGCAGUGAAAUAAUCUUUUAGAAUAAGGAAGCUUCCUCUGCCUUUCCCCAGCCCUGCUCCAGUCAGGUACGCUGUGUCUAGCUCCCUGCAGCCAUGCCUAUCUCCCUCUACAAACAGAGAGAGACUGUGUCUGCUCCUGGCUUCUCUGCCUUUAUAGGGCCAGCUGAGUCUGUUUGGAGAGUGGCUCCAGCUGCAGUCCCUUCCCCCAAUCAGCCCAGCCUAAAAGCUGCUUUCUCCAGCCACAGCCCCCUCCCAGGGCUGUUUUUAACCCUUCAGGGCAGGAGUGGGGUAAACACCCUGCUACAAACUCUUUGUUGGAAAAUGCUGAUCUGUCAAAACUGAGCCCAUUCGUGGGAAAGGGUCAGUUUUGACAAAUUUCCUGGUUCAAAAAACCCCCCCAAAAACAAACAAACAAACAAAAACUUGAACCCCCCCCCUAAGUUUUGAAAUUGUUGAAAA